AAUUUUCUAUCUGCUAAGGACGAAAGACGGGAGAUUCGUAAAUUAAAACUUUGUAGAAACUUGAUCGAAAUAUUUGAUUGCAAACUGUAAUCGUAAGAAAGGGAUACACUAGUUUUACUCGUUUUAAAUCUACAGGAAAUAAGAUAACUUAAUAAUGGCGAGUCAAACAGGAAGUAAUAAAGAUUACAAUUUAAGACUUAUCGAUAUGCUCUACAGUCAAGUUCCAGCCUUCACCGAUGUAUUUGACGAAGAGACUUGGUAUGUGUUUGUCAUUUGUUUUGUAGCGGGUACUUUUCUGGUGGCAUUUAUUCUUUCGAGAUUUAUAACUAUAAAACCUGUUGAGUAAAAACGUGCAUAGCGAAUUCAAUUCGCAAAAUGUCUGUUAUAUUUUGUGCUAUACUUGUCAAAUUAUUAAUUAUCUAUUUGAUGUCAUUAAUUGUUUUACGCGCAUCGCACUCAUAUAAACUUUUCGAUAUAAAAAAAUCUCAGUCUCACGCAAUGAAAGCGAUACAAUUUUGCGCUAAUUAAAAUUGUAGGAUGAGAUGUAUAACUUUAUAAAUGUGAUGUAGAUUGUUCAUGUUAAUAAUAAAAUAACAUAUGUUAAAAAGAUAUAUAACCUUAUAUGAGACAUAUUAAGCAAAUUCAUAUAAUUUAAAUUUCUUUUUCUUGCAUAAAUAAUUACUUUCGAAAAAGUUGCAGAAAUUUUGUGUAGAAAUAAAAUCCUUGCUGGUAAAGUUACAAUGAUUUCUCAGUAUAAAUUCAAUAAUAAAUUGAAAUCGUCAAAUCAAAUCACAUAAUUAUUUGUUACUAUUUAUUCCUAUACCUUCUUUUAUAUACCUUCUUAUUUAUAACGAUUAGUUAUUUAGAAAAGACGAUUUUUUUUCUUUAUAUUAUUCAGAUAUCAUUACAUCAAUAUAAUUCACAAUUAUGAAUAUUUCUGAUGCUUUUAAUAUCUUUUAACACAAUAUAGCAACCAACAUCUGACAUGUUUAGAGAAACAUGAAUUUUUUUUAUAUUGUUUUGACAUUUCCGCGCGAUUAAUAAUAAAAUAUACAGAGAAAAUAACGCAAAAUAUCGUCUAAAUAAACUGCAAUAAGUUCGACAGAUCGGUGCGAUUCUCGUUUCUCAAGUUUACCGAGUAGUUUCGCCUCUCCUUUUUUUGGCCCACUUCUCUGCUCCUCAUUCUGUUUCUCUUCCUCCAUCUUUCCUCUCUCCCGAUUCCUUCCCUUUCGUCCAUAUGCGUGCGCGUUUCGUUCCCUUCAUUCUUUGUCUGUCCUGAUCGUGCACCGCUAUCGUCCUUGCGGACGUAUCUUUCCAUAGCAUGAAUAUCUCUGUUUCGUCUCCGCGUAUCUUAAACCGGACUUAAACUAAGAAAUCGAUGCCUUCGCCGUACAGAAAAUAAUCGUCAGAAAAUAAGGAUUUGUUCGCUUGUACAUUUUGCUUGAACAAAUUUACUUCGCAAUUAACGUUACCCGUAAUUAGUAAAAUAGAUAUGCCAAGAUGUGACACACAUUUUACGCUCGCGAUAAUAAAAUCAUACUGCACGAGAAUACUAAACCGCAGUAAUUUUGCUAAUAUGCAUAUAUAGUUUAUAGUACAUGCAUAUAUCAUAAAAUUAUUAAUAUAAAUUUUAUGUUGCACACAAGAGGAUUCUUUAUUAUUCUGAAUAUAAUUCGAUUCAUUCCUUGACAAUUCUUCCGUAGUCUCAACGUCUAUUAGUACAAUUAGCACUAAAUAUAUGCAAAGAGCAUAGCCAAUUGUAGUUGAUUAGCAAUUUGCCGAAUUCAAAAUUGAGAAUAGUUAGUAUAAUUUUCCAGUAGCUACUUCAAGCAACCCAUACGAUGUCUAAAAAAAAA